UUUAAGAAAAUAUAUCCAACACGUAUGACGUAACCGUAGAGCAUACUCCACGCAAUUUCAUAGUACAAAUACAACCUAUAACCUGCAACAUUUCAUACCAUAACAGUUUCUAAAUAUAUUUGAAGAGUGAAAUUAUCAAAUUGAAGAUGCAGAUUUUCGUGAAAACUCUCACAGGUAAAACCAUCACUCUAGAGGUUGAAACUAGCGAUUCCAUCAACAAUGUCAAGGCCAAAAUCAGUGACAAAGAAGGAAUUCCCUCGGACCAACAGCGUCUGAUAUUCGCCGGAAAGCAACUCGAAGAUGACCGUACUCUUGCCGAUUACAACAUUCAAAAAGAAUCUACUAUUCACCUUGUGCUGAGGCUUAGAGGAGGAGGAUAUGGAAGAUUGAGCUAUGCUCCGAGUGCAUUGGCUUUGGCUCAAAAAUACAACCAACACAAGAAGAUUUGCCGCAAGUGCUAUGCUCGCUUGCCUCUGAGGGCUACAAACUGCCGGAAGAAGAAAUGUGGACAUAGCAAUGAGCUAAGGCUUAAGAAGAUCUUUCAGGCUAAGGGUGGUGUAUGAACAUGCUUGGAAUCUUUGCAAUUCUUUUCAGUGGGAUAUAUGAACAAGAGUUAGUUAAGAGUGAAGUUUAUUUUAGUAUGAUACAAUUUAGUUUUUGGAAUAAAGAAGCAUAUGUUUCAUCAAAAUUAUAUGCAUUAUAUAUUUUAGUAUUUCCUUUAA